CUAGAUAAAAUUCUCAACACUCUUACCACUCAAACACCAAGUUCAAAAACUUUUACUCACACACAAUUUGAUGAUACAACUGUCUCACAUAAUCAUAAUGACAACAUCAAUGACAUGUUCAUGCAGAAUGACGAACUUAUUGAUAACACCAUCAAUACUCCUCACAAAACUCUUUAUUUUGACAAGCUCAUCAAUCAACUAUAUCAAAAAGAUGUCACAAUUAAUGAACUCACAAAUCAAAAUAAACAGCUCUACGAAUCAUACAAUACUCUCAGUAAAAGAUUACUCCAACUUGAACAAAAUAUUAACAAUGUACUCUCACAACAACAAUAA